GACUCACUCGGGGUACCUACUACAGUACCUAGGUAGGUAGGUAGGUACCUACGAUAGCGUUAAUAUCCGGCGUAACCGCCGCACACAGAGGGGCCUCGGUGUGCACUACAGUACCUAGUACCUACCUAAGCUUAAACAACGGGAGUGCAGCUUGCAUGCUGGUAAAAUUAAAACAUCCCAAGCUGUGUAUCAAGUUCGUCUGCUCACUCACCCCAUUCCGCCCCAAGCGUAGGCACGUAAGAGACCUCGAGCGGUGCCAUGUCAUGGAGACCGGUGGGCGUACCUGAAAGAUGGCUUUCCCUGACAGGCCCAUAGCCCAUCUAUUAGGCUCGAGUGGCCCCGUCCACGCGCUUGCAUAUUCAGCAUCGCCGGGGACAUAUGUAUUAGCGGGGUCAUCCGACCGCUCUAUCCGGCUCUACAACCCGCAGCCCACCAGCCAACCAUCUUCUUCAUCCCAUCUCUCCUCUAAGAAGGGCACCAAUCCCCUGGUCAUCCCCCAGGGCCGGUUGAUCCAGACCUAUUCGGCCCAUGGCUACGAGGUUCUCUCCCUGAGCGUGUCGGGUGACAACGCGCGCUUUGCCUCGGCGGGCGGCGACCGCGCCGUCUUUCUCUGGGACGUGGCAAGCGCACAGACCCUCCGUCGUUUCGGGGGAGGGGGUGCCCACGGCCACAGCGCGCGCGUUAACAGCGUCUGCUUCGCGGGCGAUGAUGACUCCCUUCUCGUCAGCGGUGGUCUCGACACCAGCGUACGUAUCUGGGACGUGCGUAGCGGCGCCCCGAAGCCAGUACAGGUGCUCGCCGAGGCCAAGGACGCCGUUACCACUGUGGCGGCGCACGGCCCUGAGAUCGUCGCGGGCAGCGUCGACGGCCGUGUACGUACUUACGAUGUACGUGUCGGACGUUGCGUCACUGACGUCGUGGGCCCGAGCGUGACUAGCUUGUGCCUCACGAGGGAUGGGAAGGCAAUGUUGGUUAGUGCACUGGACAGCAAGUUGCGGCUGAUGGACCGCGAGACGGGUGGCUGUCUUAAGACAUAUUCAGAUGCCGGGUGGCGAAACCAAGAUCUUCGCGUGCAGUCGAUUCUAGGUGGCAAGGAACAAUAUGCUCUUGUUGGCGAUGAGAUGACGGGGGCGCCGAGCCAGGAUGCUGAGGGCAGGAUCUGGGCUUGGGAUGUGGUAACGGGAGACCUCAAGGCUGUGAUACGCGUUCCCUGGGGUCCGGCAGGAAUGGAGCUGAAGAAAGUCGUGGGCAAAGACGGCAAGGAGAAAGAACGCACCAACGUGAUCAGCUGUCUCGCUUGGAGAGAGGGCGGCUUUGGGGACCAGUUCUGCGCUAGUGGAACAUCUGGCGUUGUUACCAUCUUUGGCUACGAUUAAUAAAAUUACGCAUAAUAUAAGAUCUUAUGUAGACUGAACAUGGGCACCGGGGAACAGCUGAAAAUUUCCA